CUCAGGCUGCUGGGAGAGUGGACCUAAGCACGGAACCCCGGACGCUGGGACAGGCAGCCCGCAGACCACCCCCGCCACGCGCGGGCCACGACGCCCUCCGCAGGGCCCGCCCGUCGGCCCCGGGAUCCCCGACAGUCUCCUUCCCGAGGUCGAUGCCCAUCAGGGGGCCCCCCCACACCCACGGCUCCCGCCGGGAGGGCCUGCAGUUCUGCCCGCCUGGCCCCGGACCCCCGCCAGGUGCCCACAGGGCAAGGCCCAAGAGGAUUGUAUUUGAGGAUGAACUGCCCUGCCGGGUACUUCUGGGCACCAAGAAGCCUGUUGGAUCCAUCCCUGGGGGGCAUAUGCGUAGUCCCCACCCAGUGCCCGACUAUAAGCUUAAGUACCCAGCGGUGAGCAGUGAGAUGGAACGAAGGUGUUAUGCUGCUGUGUUCCAGGACCAGUAUACAGAGUUCUUGGACCUCCAGCAGGAGUUGGGCUCUGCACAGGCUAAGCUCCAGAAGCUAGAGGCCCUGCUUACCUCACUGCCCCCACCCCGAAGCCAGAAGGAGGCUCAAGUAGCUGCCCGUGUCAGGAGGGAAUUUGAGAAGAAGCGGAUGGACCCCAGCUUUCUGGACAAGCAGGCUCGCUGCCGCUACCUGAAGGGCAAACUAAGGCACCUCAAGACACAGAUCCAGGAAUUCGACAACCGAGGAGACAGUGAGGACUCUGUGUACUUCUAAACAUCCUGACAGACAGGCAGAGGAAUACACUGGGGUGGGGUGGGGGGCAGGGGUCCCACCUUGCACUUGCUUCUCUACCUCCCAGCCUUAGCUCUUGCUCUUCCCUCCACCUAGGGUAGCUUUCCCUGAUUGCAAAUGCCUCAGCCUUUGAGGCUUAGCUCUGAUGACCCCUACUCCAGGAAUUAUUCCCAGGACCCCCAACCCUGACUCCAUAGGGGCCCUACAUCUCAACUCAUCCUCUGGAAGCAGGUCCUGCUUUCCAAUCCCAGUGGAA